UGUUUGGGCCUGUCCAAACAGAUAAUCCAAGCCCACAUCUGAAGCUUCAAUAAAAACCCAAUUUUGAGUCAUUCCCCAAACCCUAGAACGUCCCUUGAGCGCAGCGAAGAACGAAGAACGAAGAACGAAGAACGUCCACUUCAAUCUGUGAAAAAUGUCGACCGGAGAAAUUGCCUGCUCUUACGCUGCUCUCAUCCUCUACGAUGACAAUAUCCCUAUUACUGCCGAAAAGAUUGCUACGCUUGUAAAGGCAGCUAAUGUUAGCGAUGUGGAGUCUUACUGGUACAGUCUCUUUGCUAAGCUGGCUGAGAAGCGUAACAUUGGAGAUUUGAUCCUCAAUGUUGGGGCUGGUGGCGGUGCUGCAGUCGCUGCUGCUGUCCCAGCUGGCGGAGCUGCUGCUGGAGGUGCUGCCGCAGCUGCUCCUCCACCGGAAGAGAAAAAGGAAGAACCCAAGGAAGAGAGUGACGAUGAUAUGGGAUUCAGUUUGUUUGAUUAGGUUAAGAUUUGGCAUCGCAUGUUUUGUUCUAGGUUUAUUAUCUCUUUUUUAAUGCCCGAGGAGGCGAUUGUUAUUUUACAGAUACGUAGUUUUGAACGUCCGUAACAAAUUUGCGAUAAGUUUUGAUUUGAAUGUGAUUUGAUUUCAUCUUUUCUGUCUAA